AUGUUGCUAAGAUAUAUCAAAGUAAUCGAAGCCCAUCGAGCGGAUGGCUUAAAAUCCAGCCAAUUUCAGGGACAACUGCAGUUGCAGCAACAACAGAAUUCACAACUAUCAGUAUCGCCACAGCAGCAAUAUUAUCAGCAAUCAAGUUUUUCAUCACAGCAACAACAAAAUUUGCCAUCAGCUGAACUGCCGCAAUCACAGUUAGGUUUAUCAUACCAGUCUCAGCUUUCAGAACAAGCGCAGCAGCAACAAUACCCACAAUCAAGGCCUCCGCCGAAAUCUCAACAAUCCCUAUCGCAACAACAACAUCAACAGUCACAAGGAGCUUUACCACCACAGUCGCAGCAACAUCUACCUCAAAAUCAACAACAAAAUUUACAAUCAGCUGGAUCGUCACAAUUGCAAUACCAUUCACAAUUAGAUUUACCAAACCAGCCUCAGCUUCCACAAAAUUUGCAACAACAACAAAACUCACAACUAACUCUGUCGUCACAAUCUCAACAACAAUUAACACAUCAGCAACAACAACAUUCACAACCAAACCAACAGUCACGAUCGGGUUUGUCCCAACUGCCUCAAAAUCAACAACAACCUUCGCAACAACAAUAUCCACCAGCAGGGCCCCCAUCACAACUUCAACAGCAACAACAGUAUUCUGAUCCAACUAGACAAUCUCUUUCGCAAAAUUAUCCACAAUUAGGACUUGAAACGCAAUCUCAACAGCAGCCCUCGCCAUACCCGCAACAACGGCAACAGUCACAACCAGGUUUACCGCCAAAGUCACAACAGCAACAGGACCCACAAGCAGGUCUACCGCCACAGUCACAACAGCAACAGGACCGACAAGCAGGAUUACCGACACAGCCACAGCAGUCACAACUAGGUUUACCGCCACAGCCACAGCAGUCACAACUAGGUUUACCGCCACAGUCACAACAACAACAGCAGCCACAACAGCUACAACACCCACAAGCAGGCCUACUGCCACGUCAGCAACCGCAACAAGCGCAACCAGGUCUACCGUCACAGCUACAACAGCAGCGGUACCAACAAGCAGGAUCACCGCCACAACAGCAACAACAGCAUUCACAACCAGCUGUGCCGCCACAGCUACCACAGCAGCAGUAUCCACAAGUAGGUCUACCGUCACAACAGCAACAACAGCAUUCACAACCAGCUGUGCCGCCACAGCUACCACAGCAGCAGUAUCCCCAAGUGGGCAUACCGCCACAACAGCAACCGCAACAGGCACAACCAGGUCUACCGUCACAGCUACAACAGCAGCGGUACCCACAAGCAGGAUCACCGCCACAACAGCAUCAACAGCAUUCGGAACCAGCUGUGCCGCCACAGCUACCACAGCAGCAGUAUCCACAAGUAGGUCUACCGUCACAACAGCAACAACAGCAUUCACAACCAGCUGUGCCGCCACAGCCACAAGAGCAACAUUACUCACAAGCUGGUCUACUGCAACUGCAGUUGCAAUCUCCUCAACAACCAGGUUUACCAUCACCACAGUCACCGUAUUCGUUAUAUUCGCAACAGCAACAGCAGCAACGAUACCCACUAUUAGAUCCAACAUCAGUGCUACAGUUUUCACAGCAGCCGCAGUAUCAAGGAUAUGAGCAAUUAGGAUUUCCAAUGCAGGCGCAACAACAAACACUCCAGCAGCGUCAGAAAUAUCCACAGCUACGUCCAUCGCUACAACAACUGAAACAGCUAUAUCAGCAACAGUUACAGCGGCAACAGCUACAGCAACAACAGUUACAGCAGCAACAGCUACGCCAACAACAAUUACAGCAGCAGCAGCUACAACAACAACAGUUGCAGCAGCAGCUACGUCAACAACAGUUGGAACAGCAGCAGUUGCAGCAACAGCAGCUACGCCAAGAACAGUUGGAACAGCAGCAAAUGCAGCAGCAGCAGCUACGUCAACAACAGUUGGAGCAGCAGCAGUUACAGCAGCAACAGCAAUUGCAACAACAACAACAACAAUCGUCUACAUAUUUGGUUGCGCUGCAGCAACUUCUUCAGGCAUUGAAACAACGAUCCCAACAAAUAGCACAGCAAUCGCGAUUACAACAGUCCUCGCAACAGUCACAGUUACAACAAUCGUCACAAACGCCGCAGUCGCAACAAUCGUCACAACAGUCGCAGUCGCAACAAUCGUCACAACAGCCACAGUCGCAACAAUCGUCAGAAGAACUACAACAUUUGUUGCAAAUUCAGCAUACACUGGUGGACCCAAAGGCUGUAUUACACAAUAUUAUCGAAUUAUUGAAUCCAACUUUAGAGGUCUUAAAGAAAGGAAUCAAUGAUGUGGUGACAAAUACUCAAGAGGUCCUUGCGAAAAAUAGCGCGAGCGGCAAAUAA